UAUGUAAUGAACAUUGCAGAUUGCAUGCCCCGAAUUGAGUUUAUUGGCCAUUGGUUGGGUGCCAAACAUAACAGAUGUGUGGGACAGGAAAUUACUCCCAACAGGGUCUUUUUGUCGACUAAGAGAGGUGAGGAUCGAGGGAUGUGACAAACUGGUGAACGUGAUUCUGUCCAAUAUGCUCCCACGAUUGCAGAAUUUAACAGAACUCUCUGUACAAUACUGUCCAAUGGUGGAAGAGAUAUUAUCGGAGAAAGAGGAAGAAAAAGAAGAUGCAGAAGCCAAAGAAAAUACCAUCUUGUUCCCUCAACUAAAGAGUCUAGAACUUGGAUCUCUGGAGAAUCUCAUAAGUUUCUGUACUUCUAGACUAGCAGCACAACACUUCUUCAAACACCCGGCUGCUUUUGCUGCCUUGGAAGAAUUGCACAUUUGCAACUUGCCUAACAUAAUAGAGAUUUGGGGGAAGCAAUUACUCCCAGUUCCAAAAAUAGACGCACAGUCCUUCGAACAAUUGGCUGUCGUGAAUGCCACUUGGUGUGAUAAAUUGGUGAAUGUGAUUCCCUCGAGUAUGUUUCCAAGGUUAAAAAAUCUAAAAUCAAUUUAUGUAAAAGGUUGUCCGGAGAUGGAAGUGAUAGUCUCGAAGAAAGCAAAUGCAACUGUCAAUGGCGAUAUCAUUUGUUUUCCUGAGCUAAGUUCUCUGUCAAUUGACAAAUUGAAUAACCUCAAAAGUUUCUGCAGCAGCUCUCCAAGUUCGGAAGCACAACCGUUGUUUAAUGACCAGGUUGUAUUCCCUGUUUUGGAGGAUCUGUUCAUAAACAGAGUACGAAACAUAACAAAUAUAUGGGAUAAAUUGCACUCAAGAGAGUCGUUUUGUUUUUUGAAGCGCAUGAUGAUUGAGGAUUGUGAAAAACUGGUGAAUGUUGUUCCGUCUUAUAUGAUUCCACAGUUACGAAAUCUGGAAGUAGUCAAUGCUUUUAGUUGUCCAAAGAUGUUAGCAAUAGUCUCAGAGGAAGAGGGAAAAGAAGACGAUGAAAUUCCCAUCUUGUUCCCUAAACUAACUACUUGGAAUCUCAAAAGUUUGGACAGCCUCAAAACUUUCCACACACAACCCUUCCUCAACCACCAGGAAUGUGCAAUUAUGAAUGAUGAUAAGGAAAUUGAGCAGGACAAACGACGACUUCUGAAAGGAAAGGAACGUGAAACUAUGAAUGAAAAUGAUGAUAAAACGUUGGAAAGGAAAAGGAAUUUCGCAAUUAUGAAUGAAAAUGAUGAUGAUAAAGAAGUUGAGAAGGGCAAACAAACAUUUGUCCAACAUUUGACUACGUCUAUGACUGAUGGUAAAAUGGCAUGCGGCAAACCGUAAAUUUUCAUUGAAGUUAUGGCAAGCACAAAUUUGCUGGGGAGUGUAGAACGCUGGACUACCUCGUGCACAAAUUUGCUGGGGAGUGUAGAACGCUAGACUACCUCGUGCACAAAUUCGCUGGUUUUUCUUUUUGGCCAAAAAGAAAGGCGAAUGUUUUCUAAUAUUUGUCAUUUGUAUAUAUUUUUAGCCACAAUCGUUUAGUUUUAUAGCUUCCAUUGUGCGCUUGAUUUCACAUUCCAUUGUUUAUGAACAGCUUCUUGAGUGUGCAUGCAACUUGAAAAACUAUUUAGCUAUCUACAACUGUAAUGAUUAAAAAAAAAAAAAUGUAUGUGAUUGUGUGUUAAUUUAUAUUUGCCAGAGGAUUUGUGUAUAUGAUUUUGGAUGC